AUGUCCCCUUGUGCGACCUCUGCCCUGAAACGGCCGCCCUACCCGACCGAAACCUCACCCGGCGCGACGGGUCACGGAGCACCGCACACAACGUUAACGGGGCACAACGGGCCAACAUCCAGCGCCACGUGUUGGCGGCGGGGAACUCCUCCAGUGGCAAUCCAUCAGUCAGCAUCCAGUCAGCAACAGGGACAAGCGUCAGUUUGCGGUUUGCCGUUUGUGCUUCCAAACAACAUACCUCGCCAGCCAGGUCGCGCGACGCCGACGCCGACGCCGACGCCCAUCGGACACCUCCGCGAACAGAAAGAUCGCCCCGAGAACCAAGAAACCCACACAGCCUAUCGAGGAACAGCAAUUGCGCCAUUCACGAACGCCCUCCGAGUCGUCAUCACCGAGUCCCGAGUGUCGACGGCAAAGAGGCGUCGCCGAAAAGAUACGGGGGGCGUUACGCGACCGUGGGGACAAGUGGAAAUGUCUGAAGCUUCGGGGGGAGAGGGGCAGGGGAAAGGGAAGGGAAAGGGGAAGCGACCAUAUCAAGGCGAUCAUUGCGACCAAGAACAACCGAGUCCAGUGCUCAACCAGCCGACCCAGCAGAACCGCCAGCAUCCUUCGUAUCAACCGCCGCCACCACCACCACCGCCAUCACAAUAUUCGCGAUCGAGCACUUUGCAAUCGCCAUUACAAUCGCCGUCGCCGCUUCCUUUCCCGUCGUCAUCUUCGUUGCCAAACUUGCCAGCUUUGGCCCCCAAACCGGCCCCGGCCCCAGUACCAGAGCGAGCACAGACAUACCUGACGCAACUACCACCAACGCGAACAUCGACGCGCCUGCCAACACCAGCCUCUCCGUCGCCCUUGCCGCCACGAUUACUACCGCAACCGGCACGCUCAAAGACUGCGCCAAGUGUCCCCGGCGACGUUUAUUUCCAACACACCCAUCAAUACUACGAGCCUUUCCGCGACGACGAGGCCAUUGAAGCCGCCAUAUCAGAACAUCAGCAACAACCGUCGACAUCAGGCGCGUCAGCUUCCUCCUCAUCAGCACAUCCGUCAUCGUCGUACGUGUACACGCCGGUUUCCGAAUCAGCGGUGUCUACUUCGUCGUAUGUGCCGGCGGCCACAGAAGUCGAGGAUCUAGCACCAAACGAUCCAGCUUACGCUCGCCAUGUCGCGAAUAACGAUCCGGAAAGGGAGGCCAUGGUGUCGGGUGACCACAUCAAUAGCGGGCAAUUUUCAGCUGGGCUGAGUGUGGACUCCGACGCAGACUCGGCUAUGGGCGACAUAACAGGGGCACUGUCGACAUCCUCGUUACGAUCCAGCAUUUACAACUACGUCGAAGAACAUGGGAGGACGUUUCACAGGUACAAGCAGGGCAAUCUACAACAUGCCGUGUUUAUGCGCCUUCUGAAGGGGAAGUUUGGGUUAGCGCCAAUAACAAAUCCACAGUCAGUCCUCGAUAUUGGUACAGGGACUGGUAUAUGGGCAAUCGAGUUUGCAAUACAAUAUCCAGCGGCUCAUAUAGUAGGGACUGAUCUAAGUCCCAUACAGCCCGAGUAUGUACCUCCCAACUGCCAUUUUGAAGUAGAUGACGCCGAAGAUGAGUGGAUUUUCUCGCAACAGUUCGACUACGUCCACCUCCGCUUAAUGUUCCACGCCUUCAAAUCCCACAAAGAAGUCAUGAUCUCCGCCUUCCAGCAACUGAACCCCGGCGGCUGGAUGGAGUGGCAGGACUACUACCCCCACAUACAAUCGGUGGACAACACCAUAGCUGGCACCGCCCUCGAGCGCUGGACGCGGAUGUACGUCGAGGGCGGUCAACGGCUGGGGAGAGACAUGCUAGCACCGAGAAGGUACAAGCAGUGGAUGGAAGAAGCCGGGUUCGUCAACGUGGUUGAAGAGAAGCUCGUGAUACCGGGGAACCCGUGGCCUAAAGGGAAGGACCAAAAGGUGAUGGGCGUGUGGCAGAUGACCAACUUUCUUGAGGGUGUGCAUGCUGUGAGCAUGACUAUUUUCACAAAGGGGUUGGGGAUGUCGCGGGAGGAGGUGGAGGUGUUUUUGGUGGAUGUGAGGAAGGAUAUUCGGAAUCUGGGGGUACAUUUUUACUUUUUGACAAACCACCGAUACCCAACAAUUACGCACGAUCAGUCCGGUCAUCACGGUCGGCGGCUAUAUAAACAGAGAUGA